AUGCCCUUGUACGCCAAGCUUCCAGAAGAUAUUCGGGAGGUCGACGUGAUCGUGGCUGGAGGCACGUUGAUCCAGAAAGACGAAACGUGUACGACCUACUGAAUGAUAUUUCACAGGUGGUACUGCAGGCUGCGUCACGGCCUCUCGACUCGCGGAAGCAGACCCCGACCUCUCGAUUCUUGUCAUCGAACAAGGCCUCAACAAUUACAAUGUCUCACAGGUCAUCUAUCCGGCCCUAUUCCCUAGUAACCUGCUUCUGGACAGCAAGACUGCUCUGUUUUGGAAGGGCAAUAAGUCCCCUCAGCUAGCGGAUCGAGAGCCGAUCGUUCCUUCUGGAGGGAUUCUUGGCGGAGGCUCGUCCAUAAAUUGGAUGGUGUACACCCGGCCGCAAAGGUCUGACUUUGACUCAUGGAACAUGCCUGGUUGGAGCGCCAAUGAGCUUUGGCCAUACUUGAAGAAGGUGUGAUUGUCAUAAUCUGCUUUGUUGUGCUGGAUACUUCCAGCAGCGCUGAUUCCCUGGUGCAGUUUGAGACGUAUCACGGCCGUGGGGAGCGCGAGCAUCACGGUCAUGACGGCCCAAUCAAUAUUAGCAGUGGCACAUUUCGCGCUCACCGUGCCGAAAACGACUUUAUCAAGGCUGCCGCGACGAUGGGGUAUACGGAGCUGAAGGACCUACAAAACUUGGAUGCGAACAACGCAACCGAGCGUUGGCUUCGCUAUGUGGGUCCAGAUGGGCGUCGUCAAGAUGCGGCGCACAGAUUCUUGCAUCCCAAGCUGAACAGCGGGGGGUACCCGAAUUUGCAUGUCUUGGUAGAGCACCAGGUGGUCCGAGUCUUGUUCGAUAGGAACAAGCGAGCUUGCGGUGUCGAGUAUCAGCCAAAUCCGAAGUUCAUGUCGAUGCUUGCGGAUAGCAGCAAACGUACGGUCCGCGCAUCCAAGAUGGUCGUUCUUUCUGCCGGCGCCAACGGCUCUCCGCUCAUCCUGGAGCGCUCUGGUGUCGGAGACCCGGAAAUCCUGAAGCGUGCUCGUGUUCCGCUGGUCGAGGCGCUGCCCAACGUGGGCAAAGAGUAUCAAGACCAUCAUCUGACUCUGUACGCCUACAGAACCAGUCUCUCUCAUCGGGAGACUAUCAAUGGGUUCCACGAUGGCCGUUUCGAUAUCCAGGAUGCCAUCCGAAAGAAUGAUGAGCUGCUAGGCUGGAACUCAAUGGACGCGUCUGGUAAAUUCAGACCCACGGAACAGGAAGUCGCUGCUCUUGGGCCAGCUUUCAAGAGAGCUUGGGACCGAGACUUCAAGGAUGCAGCUGAUAGACCACUGAUGAUCAUUGCAAUGUAUCUGGCCUACUUCGGUGACCAUGCCGACCUGCCAGAUUCAGCAGAGUAUAUCUCCUCGGCCGCAUGGACUGCUUAUCCAUACUCACGCGGGCAUAUCCAUAUCACGGGCCGUGAGACAUCGUCUUCUGUCGAUUUCGACGUUGGAUAUCUCAAUGAUGCAGGCGACGUGGACAUUAAAAAGCACGUCUGGGCGUACAAGGUCCAGCGGGAAAUGUUCCGCCGUAUGAGCAUCUAUAGAGGAGAACUCGCUUCAUCUCAUCCGAAGUUCGCACCGAAUUCCCGAGCAGCGGUAGUUGAGCGUGCGAAUGGUCCUGUAGGCGCAGACGAGCCUCUCAUUCAGUACAGCGCCGCGGACGACCGUGCGAUCGAGCAAAACAUCCGCGAGACUGUCUCCACCACCUGGCAUUCCCUCGGAACAUGCAAGAUGGCCCCUCGAGAGAAGGGCGGCGUUGUUGAUCAGAACUUGAGCGUAUAUGGAGUCAGAGGCCUCAAAAUUGCGGAUCUAAGUGUUCCGCCUGAGAAUGUUGGUGCUAACACCAACAACACGGCGCUGACGAUUGGGGAGAAGGCAGCCGAUCUGUUCGUGAAGGAGCUUGGUUUGCGGGCUAGAAUGUAG